AUGCACGGGGAGAACGAUGCUGGCUUCAGUUCGCCUGCCUCCCACCUAUGUGCCCCCGGGACAAGUCCGGCCAAAGGAGCCAGGCCUUUUCACCUUCCCGGUACCACGGGAGACGUGCACCUUGGUCAGCAGAGCUGCUUGAUUGUUGCAUUGGUCCUACUGGCGACAAGAGGACACCUUCGAAAACUGGUAAGGCAUGCGCAGGGGAAGCGGGCCUCAGCACGAGCUAAAUGUUUGUGCCAUAAACCAGGGUCAGAAAUUACAGACAAAGUGGUUGCAUGCAAGCCCGGACCGCAGAAGGUAAUCUUGGUGUGCAUUUUUUUGCACCUUCUAGGGUUUACCAUGGGUGGCCCUAUCCUUCCGUCCUUGCUGCAUCACUUCGAUCUACAAGCGGCAUCAACUUGGAAGAUCGUGGUUGCAUUCCCAUGUGGCAUGUUCUUUGCAGUGCUUGUUUUUCCUUAUCUGAGCGAUCAGAGGGGCCGCCGACCUGUGCUGAUGAUCUCGUACUUCGGAGUUGGGGCUUUCUUCGUCCUCCAAGCUCUUGCUGUGUACCUCGAGAAUCUGCCACUCUUCAUUUUGAUGCGCUUUUGCAGCGGUUCUUUUGCUGGAGCGUCCACAGUGGUGAAGGCUUACAUUGCGGACGAGGCCGACCCAAAGGAUCUGCCGAAGUGGAUGGCACACCGAGAAGCUGCGGCUACCUGUGCCUUCGUCGUGGGCCCCCUUCUGGGAGGUUACAUCCUGGAGCUUGCGCCCUGUGGGGGUUUGGAGGCCGUCCUUCUCCUGAUUGGAACCUCCUCCUUUCUGGCAGCGCUCCUGGUAUUCCACUGGCUCCGACCCAGGCCCAGCCGGCCUGCCAGACAGCAUCACCAAGAGUCCAGUUCUCAAAGCCAAAGAGUUGCGGACACAGCAAGUGCAGAGGAUUCGGCACCAUGGGUUUCCAUCUUCACCAUCAUUGGGGUGACUUGCACGUAUAACUUCGGGCAAUCCUUCUUUGAUGGUUUCUUCCCCGUGCUUUUCUCGCAGAGGUUUAGCUCUGACGGUCGUCAUUUGGGGUUGGUACAGACAAGCUUAGCGGCAUUGGUUUUUGUCGUGACUUAUUUUGCCUACACCCCGCUGGUUCGUCGCUUUCGGCUGGUUCAUGUGGCAGUUGCGGGACUCUUCAUGAUCGGACUUGGCGUGGCCUUGCUUGGGGUACAGCUGAUGCCGCACGUCGUCGCCGCCGGGGUCCUGCUGUAUGCAGUUGGGGUACCGCUGUACGCCCCGAGUGUUCCGACCAUGAUGGCCCGGUGUGCUCCGAGCCAGAAGCGGGGCUUGGUCAUGGGAGCGGAGUCGGCAGUCAACAGCCUGGCACGGAUUGCGUCGCCGGUGCUUUUGGGCCACCUCUACGAGGCAAGUCCUGAGCAUGCUUUCCUUCUCGUCGGCAUGGUCGUCAUGGUGGGAGCGUUGGCCAUGGCUUCAAAGUUUGGACGAUCGUUUCUAAAUGCUGACGCUGCGGUGGCUUUAAGCGGAAGCAGCGGGGAGAAGCUGCUGAGAAUUCGACUCCUUUGUGAGGUUCGGGCCAGUGGUCGAGGCUGCAUCACUGGCAACACCAUUCUGCGCAACGGAGCUGGUGGACUGCUUGUAGAAUCCUCACGGCGUGCUGUGACCACCAUAGUUCGAAAUCGUGUAUGGGCCAACAGCGGAUGUGACCUGCGACAGUCUCCAACCUCGACCGGCCUCCUGGCUGGAAAGGCGGCUGCUGUCACUCUGGCCAACACCGUGGGGCACCAGGAUAGCCCAUCUGCGAGUCAUGGCACCGAACUUACGGCGAUCUGGCCACAGCGUGUGGUGACGAAUUCGCGCGACCUGCGAGCAGCCGUGCGUGAAGCUCCAUCAGACGGCUUUACGUUCCUCCAAUUGCAGGGCAAAGUUGUGCUCGAGGAGCCCCUUCUGUUGGAUAAGCCUGUCAUACUUGCAGGUGAGUCGUUAACAGGCGAUUCAGGAAGCAUCGAAUCUCGAGGUGAACUGCACGGACCACCUGGUGGAUCAGCGGUCAUCGUCGAAACUGCCGGGAGCUGCGCGCUUUGGCGCUUAAAUUUGAUUCUUUCGCCAACCACGCCCGCUUCUUGCGUGCAGGUGGAGACAGGAUGUCCAGUGCUGGUGGAUUGUGACCUGCAGGUGCACGGUGUCCAGCUGGACGGAUCUGUGCCCACACACUGCAUUCGGGCAGCUGGCGCUGAGUCCAAGCUGUUGCUGAUCGGAUGCUCUCUUGCGGGGGCGACAGGAAACGGCUUGCUGCUGGUAGAUGGAGCAUCGGCUUCGAUGGUGAGAUGCCAGGUCAAGAGCAACCGCCAAGGUGGUGUUUUCCUCGCGGACAGUGCCUCCCUGCUGGCCGAAUCGUCUGACAUCAGUCGUAACGGACACUUUGGCGUGGUUGCAGGCAGCAGGUCGGGAUCGCUUCUCGUAGGGCGCACCGACUUGACUGGGAAUGAUGCCGGCAGCUUGUGGCAGACAGGGGGCGAUGCAUCGUCCAGCCUCGCGUUUCUCGACCAGUGCUCUGUGUCGGGAAGCACGUUGCCUGCAGGAAACAUGGCAUCACCAGCAAUUGUCUUGGGGGCUCUAGCCAAGCUUGUGCUGUGGGACUGCUUUGCACCCACCAUGCGGAACGGCACACUCGCUGCAGCACUUCGGGCGGAGGCUGGCUCGCGUGCCACUGUCGCUGGCGAUGGGCCCACGCUGGGAUGGUCAGGGUGGAUGCCACGAUCUCGCACGACAGCGACGGUCGACAGCGGUCCUGCUGUGGGCGCAGGUAGUGUCGCAUGGCUUGAUGUCAGUGGUGCUCCUGUUCUGCAAACGAAGCCAAGCACAGCAGCGAAGUCGCGCCCAUCCUCUGCCUCGACCACGCCGUCGCGAAGCGCUGGCUCGAAGGAGCAGCCCAGACCGCGAUCGUCCUCAGCACAGUCCCAGUCCUCGGAUUUGGCUGCAGAUGGCACCCCGGGUGCAAAGCCGAAGAAGAAGAAGAAGGACAAGUCCAAAGGCACUUCUGGAGACAAGGAAGAAAAGGAACACAAAGAUGCAGAAGCAAAAACGGAGAGCGCUGCCGGAGGUGAGAGCGGACGCAGUGAGGAGCCGACACCACCGUGGUCUGCAGAGGAAGCCGACACAAGCACUGUCGUGGACGAGGUCUCCGAGGCACCGGAUCGAUCCGGACAGGCUGCCGAGGAGGGAGGCCAUGACGCCUGGCUCAGGACCAGGAUGGAGAGAUCAGCCGGCUUCGGCACCGAGGAGGGGGACAGAUGGACGCUUUUCGAGAUACUGGAAAUGUUGGCGACAAAAGACAACCACAAAGAGGAGGUUCUGGACAGCGUGGGUCUGAGUGGCCAGAUCAAGCCACAGGACACGGUUUAUCUUCGUGGCCAUACCGGUCGAUGGAUGGCCGUGAAAGAUGGCACGCAGGUGCUGUGCAACGCAGCCGAUCGAGCGCAAGCCGCGGCGUUUGUCAUUGAGUUCAAGGGUCCCGCUUUGAAGAAUGAUUGCCGAGUGGGCUUCAAGCUGGACUCCACAGAUGGACGAUUGCUUUGGCUUGGCGUAUUGCCAUCGGGUGAUGUGGGGCUGAUGCAGAAAGGCGACGGAGGAUCGGAUACCUCAAUGCGUUUCGUGGCAAAGACUUCUUCACCUGCAGCAGUGUUGUCUGGAACAUCAGUCCAUUUCAAAUCCAUGGCAACGGGCAAGAUGAUGGAAGUAGAUGGUGCGGACGUGCGUGCGCGCAGCAACACUGAAGGCACUCGACAAAGAAUAGCAGUUGAGAAACUGGCAGUUGACAUCUCCUUGCCAGAGCCCUCCCCUGAUUUGGAUCUCACCGUGGAGCAGAAGGCGUGGGCCUAUUUGCAGGCGGCCCACUGCGCUUUGGUUGACAGGCAGAACCUCGCCCGCUUUCUCAGCAGCCCCAAGCCACACUGCAAGGAGCUGCUCAAGGCAUACACGAAGCUAUGGGAGUCUGAGUGGCGUGUGGAAUGGAGGCAGACCUUGGAGAUCCCAGAGGAAAGCGCCGCCAGCUCGCCUGGCAGCCGGCAGUCAUCCAGGAGUAAUUCGGCUGGGCCUGCGGCGGCUUCAGAUUCUUCGCGACCCCGAGCUCGAUCCCAGUCCAUUAGAAGACGAAUGAGUAGAACUGACUGGAUCUUGGGCAUGGUGGGUGGCGUGUCGUCUACCGCUGAUGACAAGAGCAACGGUAACUUGUUUGUGUCGGCGAUGCGCUCAUUCUUCGCUAAUGCAAUCAAGAUGUCGCAGCUCGAGGCUGACCCCGUCCAGCGGGUCAUCGAGGCGUUCGCAGAAGCGCUCGUUGCGGAUGCUGCAUUCCUAUCGUGUUUCGAGGCAUCGAUGCUUCCUGAGAAGGAGCGUCAAACAUAUCGCAAGCCAGACGAGGUCCUCUUCGGUCUCGCCUAUACAACGUUAAUGCUCAACACCGACAUGCACAACAAGCAGGUUGCUUCAAAGAUGUGGGACAGUAAGAAGUUCGUUGGCGCAGGCAAAGGUUGCGGAGUGACUGGUGGCUUGAUGGCCCAAAUUUACAAGAAUGUGCAGAGUGAGGAGAUCUAG